UAUCCCUCCCAGCCUGGUUCAAGCUGCUGGGAGUAGCUUAGUAGCGAUCGUGAGGCUUACCGCUCCGCUCAUAUCUUCCGCCUCGCGCGCGGAAAUCGCUCGUGCGACGGCCAGUAAGUUUAGCCUCGUGCUGUCGCGUGGGAGCGGCGCGCGGUAGGGAGUGCGAUGAAGAAGGGAAUCCACCCCGCGCUGCAGUGGCUGAGCCUCGUGACCCCGCAGGGCCGCCUCGUGCGCGUGCUGUCCGCGCAGGUGUUCAAAUCCGACCGGCCGUUCUACAUCCGCGACCCGGGCAAGAAGGCCGAGACGGAGGGCCAGAUCGCGAAAUUUAACAAGCGGUACAACAUCAGCGCGCAGGCGAAGGAGACCAAGGAGGCGUCAAAGGAGGCGAAGGAGUAGAGCUGGCGCAGUUACGCAGCCGGCAGGCGGAUGGCAGCCGCCACGUCAGCAUGUGGCAGACCGACGUCAGCGCGUGGCGCGCUGCCAGCGAUUCUACCGCCUGUGGCUGCGAGGGGGGAACUGGCCGGGGGAGAGGGGGGGAUAAGGACUCAGGGGGAGGUGCUUGGGGGGGAGAUAGUGGGGGAAGUAGAGGGGGAGUUGGAGAAGGUAGGGGUGAUAGAGAACGAGAGGGAGGUAGGGCUGGCAGGGAUAAUUGUGGGGUUGAUUGGGUUUCAGAUCGGUCGAGAGAGCUUAGGUUGUCAGACUCGCCAGGAGUUUCAGUUUCAGGGUCCGUAGAGAGCUGUACUAGGAACAGCGUAGAGACAACAAGCCGUGUAGCGCGUCAUGCUAUAACGGGGACGAGGGAGGGGGAUGCGGCAGGUUGUGGAGCGAUUUAUUCGCCUGAAAUUAGGGUUAGGGUAACCGAGUUACAAUCCUCCUUAGAUCACACGACAACAGGAUUAGGGAUCCGUGAGCCGCCCCAGAAGCCACUCUGCCCGACGCAUACUCACUCGCAGCAGCUGCAGGGGUAUGCUUCUCCCCAGCAGAGGGGCUACUCCGCCCUGCUCUCACAGGCACAGGAGCAUGCGACAGGGGGAACUGAACAUACGUAUGAGGCGCCUCAGCAGUCUCCAGGGGGGGUGCAGAGCAGGGAGCCGAGCGCAGAGCAGAGGAGAGAGCGGGUCGGAGAGUUGAAGUGUGGCGCAGCUGCAGAUUUGACAGUUCUGGAGCGCAACAACGCUGGCCCAUUGGCAGCGCGCCACGUGGCAGAGCUGUCGCCGUCCCUCCACAGGCACGCCAUGGCAUGGGAUGCGGAGCUCAUGCGAACCCUGGAGGCGGAUGGCGGGGGGAUGGAG